AUGCCGGUUGGUGGCUAUGUUCCAGUUCCUUUGGAGCCUCAGUUUGAGGAGUUCCAUCCUUUGGAUAGCGUUGAAGGUGUCUCCCAGGUCAAGGAGAAUGUACCUGGAAACGCCUUUUUGUUCUCGCUUGAUUAUUACAAAUCCUACUUCGAUGUGGAUACGUACCAGGUUGUUCAGCGUGUCAUAAGUGGACUUAUUCCCUUCUCAAAAAGAUUCUCACUCUCUGCCUCCCUACGACCAGCACCAGAUCUUUACGGUCCUUUUUGGAUUAUAAUAACCCUAGUUUUUUCAAUCGCCUUUUCUGGGAGCAUAUACGAAUACAUCAUAUCGAAAAAUGCAUCUGUUCUCUCUACGUUUAAUUUUGGUCGGGUGACUAUAUCAGCCGCAGUCCUCUUCGUUUAUUGGUGUCUCAUGCCGAUUGUUGUGACGUCUCUGGUAUGGUUUAGAAGACGGAAAGCUUUUUCUGAUGCGCAAGGCAUUGACAAGGGACCCGAGUUCACUUUUGGUUCGUUAUUCAGCGAGCUGCUUGCGAUCUAUGGCUACUCAAUGGUAUCUUUCAUCCCUGUUGCUUGGAUUUUGAUUGGAGUAGCCAGCCUCGUUUCACUGUGUGUCCUUGGUUCAGCUACCUGGCCUAUCUUUAAGCAGAAAACGAAACAGCUCGCUAUUGGACUCCUUGUACUGAUUAUAGUUGCUCACAUUGCAAUGACCGUAUCCCUCUCCACCUUCGAGGCGCCUCUUAAGUGCUGCUGCGAAAGCAAUCAAGCACCGCGUACUGAUGCCUUCAUCCUGCCUCGUGGGAUGGGUAACCCCCUCCCCGCGACGGUUGUCUUUUUCCAUCAACCACCCCUUGAACCCCAACCCAAACCGGCUCCGGCUGUACAACCCGCUGAUGCAGGCGUUCCCAAUAAAUUGGGACCCCAAGAAUCCGUCCAGGGUGGAGGUGCAGGCAAUCAGAAAGACACACAGCCAAAGGAAACUCCAAUCAAACCUGUGGAAGAUAACCCAAACAAGAAGGUAGAAAAGGAUAACCCGAAAGUCGCCUAG